GCCGCCGCCGCCGAAGCCUCCGGUCCCGGCCCGGUCCCGGUCCCGGUUCGGCCCCGACCAGGCCCCGGCCCCCGGCGCCGGCCCCGACCCGGCCAUGAAGUUCCUGUACAAGGAGGAGCAUCCGUUCGAGAAGCGCCGCUGCGAAGGCGAGAAGAUCCGCAAGAAGUACCCGGACCGAGUCCCGGUGAUCGUGGAAAAGGCGCCCAAGGCCCGAAUUGGGGACCUGGACAAGAAGAAAUAUUUGGUGCCCUCGGACCUCACAGUGGGGCAGUUUUAUUUCCUGAUCAGGAAGAGGAUCCACCUGAGGGCCGAGGACGCCCUUUUCUUCUUCGUCAACAACGUGAUCCCCCCCACCAGCGCCACCAUGGGGCAGCUCUACCAGGAACACCACGAGGAGGAUUUCUUCCUGUACAUCGCCUACAGCGACGAGAGCGUCUACGGGGCCUGACGCCCCCUCCCCAAACCCCUUCCCCCCCCCUCAAAAAAAAACCCCUCCCCGACCCCUCCAAUUCCCCCCUAAAACUCCCUUUUUCCCCCCUCCCUCCCCCUUCGCGACCCCUCCCCAAAAUAAACGAGACGGAGCCGCCUCAGCGCGCCGGAA